UCUCCUUUCACUUCCGGGUGGUGGCGGUGACUUCCGCCUCCAGUUGGCCUUGCAGCGACUGCGCCGGUUCCGGGGGCCCGGGCCCCGUCCGCGUUCCAGGACGUCGGUGUGCCCAGGCUGCACCUACUUCGUACAGACUCCUCCCUCCUCCGGUGCCCUCUUCUCGCCGUCCCACCCCGCCCCGGCAUCGCUUGGGGCUUGGGGGCCAGGCCGGGCCUGGCGGGGCGGCGGCGGCAGGCGGGCGGCCCGCAGGAUGUGGUACAUCAUGCAGAGCGUGCAGAGCAAGUACUCGCUGUCCGAGCGCCUCAUCCGUACCAUCGCCGCCAUCCGCUCCUUCCCGAGAGACAACGUGGAGGAUCUGAUUGGACGGGGCGCGGAUGUGAACUGCAUGCAUGGCACUCUGAAGCCGCUGCACUGUGCCUGCAUGGUGGCUGACGCUGACUGCGUGGAGCUGCUGCUGCAGAAGGGAGCAGAGGUCAACGCCUUGGAUGGCUACAACCGCACGGCCCUGCACUACGCGGCCGAGAAGGAUGAGACCUGUGUGGAGAUCCUGCUGGAGUACGGAGCCGACCCCAACGCGCUGGACGGCAACAAGGACACGCCGCUGCACUGGGCCGCCUUCAAGAACACGGCUGAGUGCGUGCGCUCGCUGCUGGAGAACGGCGCCCUGGUGAACGCCCGCGACUACAACGACGACACGCCGCUCAGCUGGGCCGCCAUGAAGGGCAACCUGGAGAGUGUCAGCAUCCUGCUCGACUUCGGGGCGGAGGUGCGGGUGGUCAAUUUAAAAGGGCAGACCCCCAUCUCGCGACUGGUAGCGCUGCUGGUGCGGGGACUGGGCACGGAGCGUGAGGAUUCCUGCUUCGACCUCCUGCACCGCGCCAUCGGACACUUCGAGCUGCGCAAGAACGGCAGCAUGCCCUGGGAGGUGACCAGGGACCAGCAGCUCUGUGAGAAGCUCACGCUGCUCUGCUCAGCACCCGGCACGCUGCAGACGCUGUCGCGCUACGCUGUGCGCCGCAGCCUGGGCGUGCGCUUCCUGCCCGAGGCCGUGGAGCAGCUGCCCCUGCCCACCUGCCUGAAGGAGUACGUGCUGCUCCUCAGCUAGGCACGGGGCAGCCACGGGCACGAAUUCACUGCUUGAUGUGUGACCAGCAGGCGCUGGAUGGACAGCGGGACCCACCGAUGGGCGCCGUGUCCUCUCCUUGCCUGUAGCGCUUGCUCCUCACGAGCUCCUUCUCUGCGUUUUCAGCCUUGUCAAAUGAACAAUCCUCCCUUUAACAAACGGCAAAUUCCGUCCCACCUGCUGGAUUAACCUGUUCUUUUUCUCUUCCCAUUGGGGUUGACCUUGGGGAAAGCAAGGCUUUCUGGGUGAGAGCAGAGAAAUCUCUCCUUUCUGAAGGACUCAAGGCGCUGCAGGAUGCGGAGAGGCCCGGUGGGUGAGCAUGUGCAGUGUGAGUCCAUUCCUUGGAGUGAGCAUCCGCAGCCUCCUCUCUGCACACAGCGCCGGGGACAGACACGGGACUCCCCUGCUGGCGCCCAGAAGAGCUUUGUUCACCCCCAUAUCUGUAAUUUUUCAGAUGUAUCCAGGGAGAAUCAGUGCUUUAGGGAAAGAGAGAAGGUGGGGAGCCCCAGGGAUUGCAGUGCUUGCUGAAGAAAACCCUUUGUGGCACCGAUGGUAUGAGGACUGGGGAGUGAGGAAGUGCCCUGACGGAUGCCUGAGCAGUGAGCAGGGCCCUGCACUUGCUGCACUCUCACCAGAAAUUUGGCCACAAUUGCAAAAGGAGGAAACCUUUUCCCUGCUGUCCUGAGCGGCUUUGCCCCGAGCGCAGGAUGGUCUUAAGCGGGAGCUUUGCCUCUGAUCUGCCAUCCAAGAACCCAUUGGAGUUCUGGGUUUGGUUUUGCACUGCCAGCUCACAGCGCCGGGGCUGCUUUUAUUUAUGUGUGUGGAACGCGUGUGUUUGGAGGCACAGGCAGCAGCUCCUCACGUGGCGGAGGGACACAGGGCUGCAGGUGAGGACGCGGAGCCACUGCCUGCCCCGUGUCUCCCCAGCUUCUGUCCACAGAAAUAAAUGGCUCCUUGCAAGCCA